CCCGAGUUCUGCAGACAACAACGUUCUCACGCGCCGAUCACGUCACCACAAGCUGCCAUAAGAGAAGACAACUCAACCUCGGACAACCAGACACACACAAAGGAGGAAUACCACCUGGAGCAAGGAUAUCCGCCGACAGUCACAAUGUCCAUAACACCUCUCAUUACGUUCAAGGCGGGGAUGUGCGAUGUCGAUUCAUCGUCGAAACCCUACAAAGUCCGACCGGAUCCUCGCAAGGGCUACAUUUUUCUAUACCAGGGUGAAGAUGAGCUUGUCCACUUCUGCUGGAGAGAACGCGCCACUCCCAUAGACCAGCCCGAGCUCGAUCUUGUCAUGGUGCCCGGUGACGGAAACUUCCUCGCAUACGACAGCAGAGUUCAGACGACGCCGUCCGCCAAGACGAAUGGCCGCAUCUUCGUUCUCAAAUUCUCUUCCUCUAGCCAGCGAUAUAUCUUCUGGCUGCAGUCAAAACCCCAAGGCCGUACCGGCGACCCGACAUGGUUCAGCAAGAGGGAUCUCAAGAUCGGAGAUAUUGUCGAUGACCUUCUGCAAGGCGAAGAGAUCGACGUAGCACGGGUGCUUGCGAACGUGGACAACAGUGACAACGAUGACCGACGGAACAACGACGAUGAUGACGACGAUGAGGACGACGCCAUGGAAGAUGUCCAGCGAAACUCAAGAAACACGCCUGGUGGUCGUGGUAGCGGUGGUGCUGGCGCAGAUGCUACUGGUGGUGACAUCCGGGACGAGGGCGAGGAAUCUAGAGAAGGAGGUGCUGAUGGUGCCAGAGCAGCUGCUCCCGGAGGGCAGGAUGCUGCCACAGCGGUUCGAAACUUUCUGGACUCAUUGAAGGGUGGAGCGUCGAGUGGCGGUGGCCAAGGAGAAGACAAACUAUAUCCCAUGCUCUCAGAUCUUCUGACACCAUCAUCGACUGUUCCCCUGGCACAAGAUGCCAGCGAGGAGCAGAUCGAUACGCUUCUAAGCUUUCUUCCGCCAGCUGUUCUCAUCCUCUCACAACAAGCAGACAGAGGGGAAAACGCGACGGAACCUACACCUGCUGCCAUUGAGGCUGCGAAACAAGCAAUGAGCCUGGGCCAGAAGAAGGCACUCCUUCAGAAGGUCUUUCGCAGUCCUCAAUUUCACCAGAGCUUGUCUAGCCUGACCAUGGCGAUUCGCGAUGGUGGACUGCCGAGUAUCGCGGACGCACUACAGAUCAAGGUCGAGAAUGGGGGCUAUGUGAGAAGAGGACAGGUCCCGUUGGGCGGUGGAGAGGCAGUCGAGGCUUUCGUCGAGGGAGUCAAGCGAACCGUCGAAGAGGAGAAGUGAUUCGACAAUUACUAGUAUUCUCAGAUGUACUGCGGCACGCUUUGCAUGAGGCGCUCGCUGGUCAUUUUGACAGAAGUUGCGCAUGGAACUCGGAAACCAAACCGGUCGGGUUUCAGCGAGACAUGCUACUCAAUGUCGAUAAGUUCCACAGACCGUGAGACACCCGUACUGCCUAAGUUGGGGGUGGAAGUGGAGCCGUGUCCAAAGUUGAUGCAAGACCUCGGGACCCAUGGAUGCAGUUGAGAUGCCACUCAACUAUGUACUUGUGUUACCUGUUGAACGAGACUGGAUAUCCAAAAAAAAAAAA